UCAUCCUGGGGUAUAUAAGAAAGUCUAGUGAAGAAGCCAGCAAGCAGUGGUCCUCCAUGGCGUCUGCUUUAGUCCCUGCCUCCAGGUUCAGGCCCUGAGUUCCUCAAUGAGCUGUGACUUGGGAUGUGUCAGCCAAAGAAACCCUUUCCUCCCCAACUUGUUUUCCGUCAUGGUCUUAUCACAGCAAUAGAAACCUAACUAAUAAAGCUGUUCUUUCACAAAGGCACUUUCCAAGAGCCCACCCUGUCACGUUCAGCAGAGAAGCACGGGGACAAGCAUGGCAUUAAGUCCUCACAUCCAGAAGCAGAGCCCGGACCCCAUUCACCUUUACUUUCACGUCCCCCUUCCGGUUACUGGUGUGUUAUUUUCCCCUGUACUUCCAGCGGCCCGGGAGGGCUACAGAGCAGCACCGAAGGAGGAUGCUUGGUGGUCCCUCUGCCCAAUGCCGUCCGGUCUCCCUUGCCCUGCCCUUGACCGCAGGGGCGCCCGCCGCGUUGCCACGGAAACGCCGGCCCGGCGCGGCGGCGCGCACGGCGCGCUCUCGCCUCUCGGUAGAAGUGGCGGCGCCUCCUGUUCCCGCGCGCCCUGGCGCCCCGGAGCCGCGCUCGUUGGGCUCCCACCCCGGGUCCCCGGCGGCGCGCAAGGCAAGAUGUGGAGGCGCAACCUGGAAGACCGAGAUGCUCAAACAAAACAACUGCAGGAUGCUGUCACAAAUGUGGAGAAGCAUUUUGGAGAGCUUUGCCAAAUCUUUGCAGCUUAUGUACGGAAAACGGCCAGGCUGCGAGACAAAGCCGACCUCCUGGUUAAUGAAAUCAACGUGUAUGCCUCUACCGAGACCCCAAAUUUAAAGCAGGGUCUGAAAAACUUUGCCGAUGAGUUUGCCAAACUUCAAGAUUACCGCCAAGCAGAGGUUGAAAGGCUUGAAGCCAAAGUAGUUGAACCGUUGAAAGCUUAUGGAUCCAUUGUAAAAAUGAAACGGGAUGAUCUCAAAGCAACAUUAACAGCAAGAAAUCGAGAGGCCAAACAGUUAUCUCAGUUAGAAAGGACUCGCCAACGAAACCCAUCCGAUCGACAUGUGAUUUCGCAGGCAGAAACUGAAUUACAGAGAGCCACGAUUGAUGCUACCCGAACAAGUCGUCAUUUGGAGGAAACUAUUGACAAUUUUGAAAAGCAGAAAAUGAAGGACAUAAAGAACAUAUUUUCUGAGUUUAUCACAAUUGAAAUGUUAUUUCAUGGCAAAGCUUUAGAGGUCUUCACUGCUGCAUACCAAAAUAUACAAAAGAUUGAUGAGGAUGAAGAUCUAGAGGUUUUCCGAAAUUCUCUGUAUCUACCAGAUUAUCCAUCUCGUUUAGAUAUUGUAAGAGCAAAUUCAAAGUCACCUCUUCAGAGAUCAGUAUCAGCUAAAUGCACAUCUGGAACUGGACAGAUAACGACCUGUCGAACAAGGAAGGACCAACAAUUAGAAGAUGAAGAUGACGAAGAAUUAGAUGUGACAGAAGAUGAAAACUAAUUUUAAGAAAACUUCACAUUUCCAUUUUCAUGUUAAAUGACUUGAAAUCCAGGAUCACUUUAUACUCACUUGACAGGUUCAACUUCAGAAUGAUACACUGUUAUGAAAUGGGGAGGGAGGGAUUAAAGGAAAUUAUGCUCACAAAAAAAAAAAAAAAUGAUUUUUUUUAAUGUUAUAUACCAGUCUUUUGUUGUUUUGGUUUUUGGUUUUUUUGUUUUAUUUUUUGAGACAGGGUUUCUCUAUGUAGCCCUGGCUGUCCUGGAACUCACUCUGUAGACCAGGUUGGCCUUGAACUCACAGAGAUCCUCCUGCCUUUGCCUCCUGAGUGCUGGGAUUAAAGGUGUGCGCCACCAUCCAGCUCAUACCAGUCUUUCAACAUCCUCUCUAUAGUAGUGUAUUUUUCUGUAUAUGUUCUAUUAAAAAAAAAAGAUUAUGUAUUUCAAAGCAUUUCAGAUUUAAUGCAGUAUAUAUACACCUAUUAAAGAUGCAAAAGGAAGCGGGUAACAGAAGACUGAAUAAUUACUUUCAGUUUCUUUUAGGUUAAAACUUUGGGUUUUAAAUACCAGGUCAAUGAAUAAUUCUAUACCAUAAUGCCUUACAUAAAAAGAUUGCUUCUUUUACUUUUAUUAUAACCUUAUGUUUCAUCAUUUGGUAUGUAAAUUUAGUGUUUUCAGCAAAAAUGUAGUUAAAUUAAAGGUAUGGGACACUGACAUCGGAUUUUAUAGAUGUACAUAAUGCUUAAAUUUCCAACUUAAAAAAGCCACAUUCAACCUUACUGGUUUUAAAACAAAACUGCUCUCACUCUAAAGCACUGUAUAUUCUACUUGUACAAGUCACUAAUAGUUGGAAGGCAAGUAAUUAGAAAUGUUGUUUCCCUCAUCAUUGAAUGUCAUAAACACACACUCUAAUCAGGCCACCAGUAUAAUAAACAUGUAUACACUUUAUUCCUAAAUCCAUAAACUUACAUUAUAUCUGACAUUUUUUUCUUUUGGUAAAGAAUUAUGCUUUUAAAAUCUCAAAGCAAUUAUUCAAAGCAGAAAAAUUUAAAGUAUUGCUUCCUGAGAAUACUUUUAAGAUUACUUUGGUACUUUUUCUCAGAAUACUUUAAAGCCCUAGGUAGUUAAGGAAUUGAGAUUAUUACUCAAUUUUUAUAUUUUUGGUCAGUAUUCAAAUUUGAUGUUAGAGUUGAGAGUGGAAACAGCUAUGGUAUUUCUGUUGCUGCUCAAUAAAUAGUAACGUCUCUCAAGCAGCAACUGCCUCAUCUGUCGAGUUAAUGCCUAAUACAGCAAACAGUUCUGGUUUUACAGCUGCUGCUGUUACUUCAGAGAAUGUUCUAAGAACAAGAGCUAAGUAUGGAAUACAAGCCCGUUAUCCCACCACUAAGAAGGCAGAGGCAGGAGGAUCAGUUGUUCAAGGUCAUCCUUGACUUUAGUUGAGUUCAGGACCAGCAUGGUCUACAUGAUACUGAGAAAAGAACAUUAAGAUUACUUACAUACACCUGGCAGCGGUGGCGCAUAUCUUUAAUCCUAGCUAGGUCUUGGGAGGCAGAGGCAGGCAGUUGUCUGUGAGUUCAAGGCUAGCUGAGUGCACAGCAAGCUCCAGGACAGCCAGGGCUGUUACACAGAGAAACCCUGUCUCAAAACAACAAAUAACAAAAAAGAAUGUAUACAUGUAUGUAUAUAAAAACAAAAGGAAUAUUACACCACAUUUUACUUUUUGUGGGCAAUAAGGCAAAAACAAGGCCACUAUGACUACUUACACAACCAGUUUGGAUAUAACUACAUUUAAGAAUGUGACAACUGGGCUGGGGGUUAGCACUAGCCUAGCAUGCAUGAUGAGAACCUGGGUUCAAUUCCCAGGACAACUCAAAAAAAAAAAAAAAGUCAGCAUGUUAAAUAGCCCAUAAUUUGGCAUCUCUAAUAAAAAUUACGAUUAUCAGUGGUAAGGUCAUUCUCAGCUGCUUAGAUGAACACUUCUACGAUGGUUUUAUAUAUCUUAGAGGAUUAACUUUACUUUCUAGACGUGUUUUAUUAUUUUUGUAUACAUUCUGAACAGAAAAAGGUAUGAUUUGAAUGCAAAAUGACACUGGGUGUUGUGUUAAAAGAACCAAUACACUCCCAGUGUACCUUCUGUUGGGAGAAAGAAGACUUGCCCAUGGAAUUACUGAAGCUGGGUGAUCAAAACAUGAAGCUUUAGGACUCUUUGUUCAUGUGUCUGAAACUGUAGUGUACAGUUCCCUGGGCUUGGCAAACAAGGGAAAUCUCUGACUUGGUAUAAAUAUUAGCUACUACCAUGGCCAACUGAAGUUAAAUCAACAUGUUACUCAAGGCAGUAUUAGAAAGAUGUGCAAAAAACGGCUCCCAUACCACUGUUUAGGAAACAAGUUUUCUAUAAAUUUUUAUAAUGAAGUUUACAAAAUAUUAAACCUGGAGCUGACCCAGAUGGCUCAGUCAGUAACGUGCUGCACAACCCUAAGGCCUGAAAGUGCUGAGGAGGCAAAUCCAGGAAGACCCUGGGGCUGCUGGCCAGUCAAUCUAGCAAGUUUCAGUGAGACCUUACCUCAUAAAAAAGUUGAAAAGUGUUUAAACAAGACACCAUUCUCAAACACUAGCCAGUAACACACUAAAUGUGAAUUGAGCCUGAUAACCAAGAUAAAAUAGCCACAGUACUUCAUUUGACAAUCAAGGCAUGGGAAUGGAGAGGUGGCUCAGCAGUUAGGAGCCCACACUGCUGUUGCGGAGAUUCAGUUCCUAGCACUCACAACGGAGCUCACAACUGUCUGUAGUUCCAGUUCCAGGGGAUCUGAUGCACUCUUCUCAGCUCCACAGACGCAUGGUACACAUACAUACGUGCAAAUCACUCACACAUAUAAAAUAUAAAUAAGAAUCAAGACAUAGUGCUGUGUUUCCCAGCUAGUCUCUUGUCCACCACUCCCAUCCCACCCGAGCCUAAUUUGAGAAGCAAUUACAUACUCAAUAUCUUUCACUUUAAGCUUUAUCUUAUCUGUAUCACGGUGUAGUGGUCUGGAAAGUAUUUACAGUCUGACAGGUCUGAUCACGUGAACCAUCUGUGUAAUCACUCUGCUUGACUUAGUUAUUCACAUUUUUCAUUCUACCUGUAAAAGGUUAUUAGUUUUAAGAUUCACGGUUUUUUUUCAACAAACUUUAUCAAUUUAUUCUAUUUAAUUAUUAACUAUUAAAAAUGACAUUAAAUAUUAAAAACAAAAACUUA